AUGGUCACAAACGUAGCUGUGCUCGACGACUACCAGAGCUUCGCACCCCCUCACUUCGACAAGCUCGACGCCAACUUUGCCGUGACUUAUAUCCCGGAUACCCUCCUUCCUUACAACCAUCCAAAUACGCCGCAAACUGUCAAAGAUGAGAUUGUUAAAAGACUGGAGCCGUUUGAUGUCAUAUCCACGAUGCGGGAACGCACACCCCUCCCAGCCGAUCUCAUAAACCGCCUUCCCAACCUCAAACUCAUCCUGAGCUGCGGCCGCCGCAACAAGGCUAUUGACAUGGAUGCUGCGCAAAAGCGCGGCAUACCCGUCACCGCCGCCACGGACGACCAGGCCGGGCCGGUAGACAGCACCACCGAGCACGUCAUCGCCAUGAUUCUCAGCGUUACUAGAAACAUUGCGAAGAAUGACGCGGCCGUCAAGGCCGGCGCCUGGCAAACAGACGCCGUCACCGGCGUAUCCGGCAAAACGCUCGGCCUCGUUGGUCUAGGCCGCCUGGGCGGUGCGGUGGCGCGCAUCAUGAGUCUCGCCUUCGGCAUGAAGAUUAUCGCGUGGAGCACCAACCUGACUCAGGAGGCGGCGGAUGCCCAGGCCAAGGAGCAGGGCUUGCCCGUCGAACAGGCCAACGGCGAAAAGACCUUCAAAGCCGUCAGUCGCGAGGAGCUGUUCGGCGCGGCGGACGUGGUGAGUGUCCAUUUGGUUCUGUCCGACCGGUCAAGGGGCUUGGUCACGGAGGCAGACUUGUCCAGGAUGAAGCCGUCGUCCUUCUUCGUCAACACCUCGCGGGGUCCGUUGGUGGUGGAGAGGGACCUGCUUAAUAUCCUCGAGGCUGGCAAGAUUAGAGGCGCCGCGUUGGAUGUGUUUGAUCUGGAGCCGUUGCCGGGCGAUAGCGAGUGGCGGAGGCCGGAUUGGGGCACGAAUGGGAAGAGCCAGGUGCUGGUUACACCGCACGUUGCGUACGUCGAGGAGAGAAGCAUUAAUGGGUUUUACGAGCAGCAGGUGGAUGAUUUGGUGGCUUGGUCGGCAGGCAGGCCGUUGAAGCGGACAAUGUAUUAA